CAAGCAGCAGGUUUCCCCCGGUCGCAAAGCACCAGCAAAGAGGAGAGGCACAGCGAAGCCCCCGCCGUCCGCUCCUCUUCCACUGGAGAAACUGGACCCUCAGACAGCCGUGAUGAGUCAGCUGGUGAGCCAAUGGAGGAAUCUCUGGCUCCUGGCCCACGGCAGACAGAGCAGACUAGAGGAGCAUCUGCAGAGGCUGAAAGAGCUGGAGGAGUUUGCUAAUUUUGACUUCAACAUCUGGCGGAAAAGAUACAUGCAGUGGAUAAGUCACCUCAAAUCCCGGAUACUGGAUGUUUUUCGUAGCAUUGAUCGUGAUCAGGAUGGACGAAUCACUCACAAGGAGUUCAUCAGCAGCGUUCUGGCCUCUAAAUUUCCCACCAACUCCCUGGAAAUGACUGCGGUUGCUAACAUAUUUGAUGUUAACGCCGAUGGAUUC